AGCUGUAAUUGAUGUUCAAAGGGUUAGAAAAGGGAACCUGUGUUUCUCUUUCUAUCUCUAAAAUCCUCCAUUGAAAACAGUUCUCUCUUAUAAGUUGUCUCCUCAUGUCAGCCUGAUUUAGAGACGCAUAAGCUUUGUGUUCUCUUCCACGCGUCUGUGUCUCUUCCUUUCUUCUUCUUCCUUGCUUUACAGACAAUACAGUAUUCUUCUUCUCUCUGACAAUGAGAUCGAAAUCGUAGAAGAUUUUUUCUUGGUUUUUCGUUUCUGGGUUCUCAUUUUCAAGCUUGAAGACGAACUGGUUCUUCGUCUUCGUUUUCAUUUUCCGGUCUGUUGAAGAUCGGUUUUGUGUUUCUAGUUCUCUGAACAGUGUGUUCGUGCGUCUGAACUUUUUUUGGGUAUUGAUAUUAACCAAAAAUAGUACGAGAGAAAAAUACAAUGGCACCCUCGUUUGAUUGGUGGGCAAAAGAGAGCCACAGAGGCACUCCCGUGGUGGUGAAGAUGGAGAACCCGAAUUGGUCAAUGGUGGAGCUAGAGGGUCCGUCGGAGGAAGAUUUUCUCAUCGGAGACUCGCCGCAUAGCCGGCCAAGAGACAAAGCUAGAGGUAAGAACGCCAAGCAGCUGACAUGGGUCCUUCUUCUCAAGGCCCAUCGUGCCGCCGGUUGUCUCACUUCCCUCGGCUCCGCAUUGCUCGCACUCGGUGCCGCCGUUCGCCGCCGCGUCGCUUCCGGUCGCACCGACGCCGACAUCGAUCCGGAACCGGAAACCAGCGGCGGAAUCCGGGAAAAGGAGAACCCGACGGUGAAGUCGAGGUUCUAUUCGUGCAUCAAAGCAUUUCUCUGGCUGUCCGUGGUCUUGCUGGUUUUCGAGGUGGCGGCGUAUUUCAAGGGCUGGCAUUUCGGCGCGGCGAAUCUCCAGUUGCAGUACAUUUUUACGACGUCGUUUGGGGUAAAGGAUUUCUUCGACUGGGUUUAUUCUCGUUGGGUCUUGAUUCGCGUAGAGUACCUCGCUCCACCUCUUCAAUUGCUUGCCAAUGUCUGCAUCGUUCUCUUCCUUAUCCAGACCUUGGACAGGCUUAUCCUCUGUUUGGGUUGCUUCUGGAUCCGGCUCAGGAAGAUCAAACCUGUACUCAAACAAGACGCCAUCGCAGAUCUCGAGUCCGGCGAAGAUGGGUUUUUCCCUAUGGUUCUUGUUCAGAUCCCUAUGUGCAACGAAAAAGAGGUUUACCAGCAAUCAAUUGCAGCUGUCUGUAACUUAGACUGGCCUAAAUCCAAAAUUCUGAUCCAAAUUCUCGACGAUUCCGACGAUCCGACCACCCAGCUUUUGAUCAAAGAGGAGGUCGAAAAAUGGCAGCAAGAAGGUGUCCGCAUUGUAUACCGUCACCGCGUGAUCAGAGAUGGGUACAAAGCUGGUAAUCUCAAAUCCGCCAUGAAUUGCAGCUACGUUAAAGAUUAUGAGUUCGUUGCCAUUUUCGACGCUGAUUUUCAGCCUACUCCCGAUUUUCUUAAAAGAACAGUCCCCCACUUCAAGGAUAACGAGGAUCUAGGGUUGGUUCAGGCUAGAUGGUCAUUUGUCAACAAAGAUGAGAAUUUGUUAACGAGGUUGCAAAACAUCAAUUUGGCUUUUCAUUUUGAGGUAGAGCAGCAAGUUAAUGGCGUGUUCUUGAACUUCUUCGGGUUCAAUGGAACUGCUGGUGUCUGGAGAAUUAAGGCUUUGGAGGAAUCCGGUGGUUGGUUGGAGAGGACAACUGUUGAGGACAUGGACAUUGCUGUCCGUGCUCACCUCCAUGGAUGGAAAUUCGUCUUCCUCAAUGAUGUCGAGUGUCAAUGUGAGCUACCUGAAUCUUAUGAAGCUUAUAGGAAACAGCAGCACAGGUGGCACUCAGGACCAAUGCAGCUGUUUCGCCUUUCUUUGCCCGAUAUUAUUCGAUCUAAGAUUACUCUAAGGAAGAAAUUCAAUUUGAUCUUUCUUUUCUUCCUUCUUAGGAAACUGAUCUUACCCUUUUAUUCUUUCACUCUCUUUUGCAUAAUUCUACCCAUGACAAUGUUUAUCCCCGAGGCCGAGCUUCCAGUAUGGGUUGUCUGCUAUAUUCCAGCCACAAUGUCGUUCCUCAAUUUCCUCCCAUCCCCAAAAUAUUUCCCCUUCAUUGUCCCUUACCUUCUUUUUGAGAAUACCAUGUCAGUAACCAAGUUCAAUGCUAUGAUCUCUGGCCUCUUCCAACUAGGAAGUGCAUACGAGUGGGUUGUCACAAAGAAAUCUGGCCGGUCAUCAGAGGGUGACCUUGUUUCAUUGGUUGAGAAAGAGCCAAAGCAUCAGAGAGGGGUUUCAGUUCCCAAUCUUGGCGAAAUGGAGGAGGAAAUUGAGCAGCAAGAGCAAAAAGCUUCUAGGAAAAAGAAGCACAACAGGAUAUACAUGAAGGAGCUUUCAUUGGCUUUCCUAUUGCUCACAGCCUCAGCGAGGAGUCUGUUGACGGCUCAAGGAAUCCAUUUUUACUUUUUGCUGUUUCAGGGAAUAUCAUUCCUGCUGGUUGGCCUAGAUUUGAUAGGCGAGCAAGUCGAGUGAUAGACAGACAAGGUAGAUUUAGUAGGGAAGAUAAGAAGAAGAGUUAAGGAUACUGUAAAAAUAUUUGGUGAAUAUAGGGUGGGGACAAAAUCUGAGUACCACCGCAGUAGAACCCGUCUGGGGAAGACAGUGUAGAAAUCGGCUAGGGAUGGGAGCUGGAGCAACUUCCAUUAAUCUUGUUGCGUGUGCUCUUCAACCAUUCAGGCCUUCCCCCCUCAUAUAAAACUUUCCAUUUCCACCCAAUACAAGAAAAUUUGUGUAAUAACAAAGGCUAGAUUUUGAUAGAGAGAGGGGAAGAGAAGAGAAGACGACGACACGUGAUAGAAAAAAUGGGGAAGAUGAUGACAAAGAUGCUCUCUCAGUAUAAGUGAGUUUUUAUUUUUAUUUUUUUGUUUUGAUUCUUUUGUUUUUCAUCAGUUCAAUUCAUUUGUAAGAAAAGAAGAUUUGUUGGGGGGGGUUCAAACAUCAAACGAGGAAUCUUUUAGUUUUUUAACGGUUUGAGGCCAAGGAAAGAAGAAAAAACAAACACUCUCUGAGACUCUUGUUGA